AUGUGGAAAUAAACAACGUUUAAUGUUAACAACAUUAUGUCAUCAAUGGACAGGAGAUAUACGAAUUGUUCAUGCUAAUCUACGACCAGAACUAAAUUCAUUUUUACCACAUAUACUUUUAAUUAAUAUUCUUUCAAGAAAAUAUUAA